CAGAACCACAAGUGGGGUGCGCACGAUUUCCCCAGGACGACAGGAGGCAGGCACUGGGGCGUAAAUGGUUAAUCAGAUUGGGUCAACCCCAGUCACCGAGACCCAACAAGCCUUUUAGGACUUCAAAGGUCACCACGACCUCCAAAGGAGCAAUCCAAGGAUAUCCACGUGUGGCUAUGGCAUCCAACAGUCUUUUUAGCUCGGUGACUCCAUGCCAGCAGAACUUUUUCUGGGAUCCGAGCACCAGCCGCAGGUUCAGUCCGCCGUCCAGCAGCCUUCAGCCGGUGGCGGGGAAGAUGAGCGAUGCGCAGCAGGAGCCGAACGCGGCUGUGCCGAGACUCCGCCAGCACGACAACCGAACCAUGGUGGAGAUCAUCGCGGACCACCCCGCCGAGCUCGUGCGCACGGACAGCCCGAACUUUCUGUGCUCGGUGCUGCCGUCUCACUGGAGGUGUAACAAAACUCUCCCCGUGGCGUUCAAGGUUGUAGCUCUGGGAGACGUUCCUGAUGGCACCAUGGUCACAGUGAUGGCAGGAAAUGAUGAGAACUACUCGGCAGAACUCCGCAACGCCUCCGCUGUCAUGAAAAAUCAGGUGGCGCGUUUCAACGACCUGAGAUUUGUUGGCAGGAGUGGACGAGGAAAGAGCUUCACACUGACAAUAACAGUAUUCACGAAUCCACCCCAAGUGGCGACUUACCACCGCGCCAUAAAGGUCACCGUGGACGGGCCGCGCGAGCCACGAAGGCACAGACAGAAACUGGAGGACCCCCCUAAACCGCCGCUGUUCUCGGAGCGUCUGAGUGAGUUAGAGCGUUUACGCCAGAGCACCAUGAGAGUUGCCGUGCAAACCCAGAGUCCCCGACCGACUCUCAACGCCACGCCGAACUCCUUCCACCCGCAGGGGCAAACUCAGAUCUCAGAUCCUCGGCAGGUGCAGUCCUCUCCACCUUGGUCGUACGAGCAGCCCUACACCCCAUACCUGAGCCAAAUGACGUCGCCAUCCAUCCACUCCACCACACCGCUGUCCUCCACCCGCGCCACAGGCCUGCCCACCAUCAGCGACGUGCCGAGACGUCUCUCAGGUGCAUCGGAUCUAAGCCCAUUCUCUGCCGACCCACGGCAGUUCGAGAGGCAGUUAUCGGGUCUCCCCUCUCUUACGGAGAGCCGUUUCUCUAGUCCCAGAAUGCACUAUCCUGCAACGUUCACGUACACCCCCACACCGGUCACCUCCGGCAUGUCUCUGGGCAUGUCUACGACCACCCACUACCACACCUAUCUGCCUCCGCCUUACCCCGGCUCCACCCAAAACCAGAGUGGGCCCUUCCAGACCAGCAGCACACCCUAUCUCUACUAUGGAGCUUCAUCUGGAUCAUACCAAUUCUCAAUGGUACCGGGGGGAGACCGAUCCCCCACCAGGAUGCUGCCACCUUGCACUAGUGCGUCUACGGGCAGCACCCUUAUCAACCCCAAUCUGCCCAAUCAGACGGACGGCGGCGAGGCAGACGGUAGCCAUAGCAGCUCGCCCACUGUGCUCAACUCCAACGGUCGGAUGGACGAAUCCGUUUGGCGGCCAUACUGAGAAGGUCCAGUUGAACGCAACCUCAAGGCAGCACUGUUAGCCUUAAGGAGGUAGUGCAAGAGAUAUUUGCAUUCGUAAGCAUCAAGGGAAUUCGUUUUGGAAGCACAAACUCUUGUGAGGAAUAAUGGUACACCCGAUGGUACAAAGUUGGCGUCUGAAGUUGGCGUCAGAAGAUAAAUGUUUGUUUCUGGAUUUAACAACAAGUGGUACUUGAUAGAAUGUUUGUCCAAAUGUAACAUUGGCUGCUGGCAGCACCCUGGAAAACAAAUGCCAUUAUUUUUUUUUUAUUAUUAUUUCUAUAUAUUUGUAAAACAAAGCACUUCUUUUUUUUUUCAAAAGAGAUGGAAAAUGAAUAAAGCCUAAAUGCCAUGUUUAAAGGGAAAAGGGUGAACAUCACAAAGGGUGAUAUUUCACACCAAAAUCAAAAGAAAAACGAAUUACAUUUUGCAUAAAGAAGCCUAUUUUUACCAUUAAGAUUUUUCGUGAUGUUAAAGUCAUGACAAUUAAGGAAAUUUCCCCCCCAAUUUCUCAUUGCUACAGUUUGAAAACAAUUCUAUAUUUUUGACACAAUGACACACUCAUUCAUGAAACUUUCAUAAAUAUAUGAGUAAGUUCGGAGUAAUUUGCACAUAAAAUUCACAAACGCUUCAUACUCCCCAGAUGUGUUAGUAAAAUGUGUGUAUGAUAGUGAAUUCCAAACAUUCGUAAAGAGGGGGCGUGUGCACGUUCAUUCACAAUUAUCAUAAUCCACGCCCAUGAAAACACCAUAUAAGGAAGGCACCAGACUCGCUAGUAAAUACUGUUAACAUCUAUAUGGAACAGUAAUGAAACCGUUUUUAUGAAUGAAGUGCAGUCAUGUUGUACAAUUUUGAUAUAGCAAGCACAAUAGCGUAUUAAAGAAAGUGAUUUACUGUCAUCACAUGUUUUUGCUGUCAUAUGACGCUCUUUUGUGAAUCAAACAGUUCAAGAAGUCAAUAAAAAUGGUUUGACAUGAGUGUAGAAAAUGUUCAGUUCACACCGGGAGGAGGAUGUCCACCACCAUUAACCUUCUCCAGUUCAGUUCGCAGUGCAUCACCAGCAUCAUUUGUGAAACUUCUCGAGUAAAUCAUGAUGGUAACAGUGAAAUACUUGCAACUGGAAGAAACUUCAGAGAAAAUAAUAGAACGCCUGAAGAAGAUCUUGGACCGAAACGCUGUAAGAUGUUACAGAUUUGCAAGCUAUACAACAAUGUGCGUGCUUUUACUAUUUUUCCCUGUUGUUUUGUGUACGCACCUGCCCGCGAUGUGUAUUUAUGGAUUUAACAGCAUUAGCAUUGACCAUACGUUAUCAACUGAACGCGAUUUACCGAUGCCUAUACUAAAUUAUGAAACCUAAAUUAUGGAGCUCAUAUCAAAUAAAAAAACUGUCCAACCAGUCACAUUAGAGGGCAUUCAUUUCUUCGAGAAAAAUCAAGCACUUCUGCUGGAAAAACGAUAAGCAGAGUUGGGAAAAAAUUACACUUUUUCUUAAUUUUUUUUAUUACUAUUUUAUGUUAUUUUUUCAGAUAAAUUUCACUCAUUUAAUUAUUAGUUAAUUAUUUCAUUACUUAUUUAAUUUCACUUCUAUCAAAAUGUAGUCAUGACAGUUUUCCUGAUAGAACGCAACACGUUCGGAUGUUUUACGCACGAUUUACUCGUGGGGAGCAGGUGUUAAUUUCGUUAAUACCAACUGACGCUUUGAAAAUACGAAAACGUUGAUUAAUCCGAGAAUUUACGUCAGAACGGCUUUAUGAACGAUUCACACCAAAAAUUGUUCUGCCCGUGUUUCAUGAAUGAGGCCCACUGACUUUAAAUGAUUAAAAACAGAAUAAAUAUUAUAAUGCAUAAAUACUUACAUAUUUAAAAUAUAUACAGUAUAUAUUUUUCACACUACAAUAAAGAUUAAUUGUCAUUUAAAUCAAUGCGUAAAAUCUUUACAAUCCUAAAUAUAUAGGCCUAAUUUUAUUAUUAUUAUUAUUAUUUUCUUUUCCUUUAUUUAUUUUAUAUUUUUCAAAAUAUUUCUCAUUUAAUUCUCACUUGUCUUUUGAUUUUGGGGUUAAAUAUGACCUGAACAUGUUUUUUUUUUUUUUUUUUUUGCCAGGUUUCGUGAUAUUCACCUAAAAAGUAGCACUCUGAACUGCAUUUCUAUUUGGGGUCAAAGGUCAUAGCAAUGCCCACAUAACAUUAUUUCCCUUGAACAAGCCUGUAGGUGUCUGUCAUCAAUGGCCGUUAUUCUCUGUACAGUAUUAAACUCGUAACACUUACAUUAAUUAACAAAAACAACACUUACACUGCUGUCCUGCCCCACUAUUUGAGUUUGCCUUUUCUUUUACCGUGGUGUCUUUUGGUAGUGAGGAGAGCAAUUAUGUUUACAGAAUGUUUACAAAAACUGCAAGCAGGCAACUGCAAAUGUAAAGAACCUCUGCACUGUUAACUUUGAAUGAAUUCCAUGUUUAAUUGCUUCAAUAUGCCUGAAAAAAAAAAAAAAACACACAAAAGAAACAA